AUGCCUGCAGACGUUCAUUUGAUUGAAGAUGAAGGCGCCUAUGAGCCCGUACCUACCAAAGGCCAAAAUGGACUCCGGUUUCCAGUGGAGCGAUAUCUCCCGCCAAACAAUUUCAUCAAUUUUGAUGAUGAAAUCAAUUACCACCAAAAGCUAUUAUAUAUAGCGCGAAAUAUAAACCGUAAUGUUUCAUGUUUACGGUGUGGAAUACCAACUGGACAGCACCCCAAAGAUCUUGGUGUUUGCCAGUGGUGUGGUGGCGCCGCAGAUGGUGGUCACCCUCAUCGAGAGUGUCUGUGGAUAUACGCCAAUGUGUCCUUCUGGAAGUCCAAACUCAAAAUCACUGAUCCCACGAGCGGUCAAAAAUCAAGCAGCUGGGUCCCUGUCAACGUCCGGAUUCAACCUACGAAGAAGGAGCAAACAUUACUCGCACGCGAGGACCCAAUAUUCCUUGACUUUCCACGCGCUCGUGAGAGUCGUGAUAUGGUGGUGCCUGAUGGGGCGAACAUGAUGCAGCCGGUAUUAAUUCCACGAAAAUUUAAGAAUCGAGACCUGAACCGGGGUGAGAAGCGUCAACGAGGAGACGACAAUGAAGCAAGUGAACGAUCAACUCGACGGCCGUUCGUCAGUGAAAGUGACAAAUAUGUCGAACUGAAAGCUGCACUGUUUCGUGAACUAAAAGAUGAACUGUUCCAUGAGCUGUCCCGAAUGAGGGAAAAAAUCGCAAGGCUGUCGGAGGAAGUCACAGAACUGAGAGCCGUCACUGAAAAGAACCGCGAAAAUCAGUUUCCUUCAAGCCUCCUGGAUGUCAGUAUGGCGGGUUUUCUCCUAGCCACCCCGAGUACAUGGAAGAUAUGUCGCCCUGUCCUAGCAACCCUCGACGGCAAGGGGACCGUUCCAGCCGAUUCGGCAACGAGUAUGACGAGUACAAGGACUGUGGCAGCGCUAAUCCAGGCUUCUAUCGUCCCACGCAACAACAAAGCCCACCUUACCCAAGCAGGGGUGACGGCCGAAUAUUUCCGGUCGGCAGUUGAUAUCAAGACAACUCCCGUAUGGAUCGACGCUUUGUACAUCAUCGACAACAACAUCACUCAAGCCAGAGCGGUGGAAAAACGAAGAAAGCUCUUCGAUGAACAACGGUUGCAAUCAACACCAAAAGCGGCAGUACACGCAGCUGGGGAACAACAGUCAUUUCUGCCUAUGCACAUGAAACGGGAGUGUUCUGCAGAACCUCACUGGCCAAACGAACUGAGCAGAAGCUCUGAAUACGGACGCACGGAAAAUCGUGGAACUCUGGCGCAACAGCGCAACGAUCGAAUCAAUCGCGACCAGGCUUCCCUUAGGUCUCCGCCGAGACGAGGAGAUUACUCGCCUGGUAAUGGCAUAGAUCACUUGAAAUGGCCUAUUGAAGGCACUGAGAUGGAGAUGUACUUUGCACGUUGCAGAGACUUCUAA